GAAGUUAGUCCAAAAUCACAAAAAAUCGAAGAAAAGGCAGAUUUGAAGGGAAGCUGCGCUGUGCAUCAAUGGAGGCUCAGGGGACGCCGAUUUUCAACCUGCUGGUGAGGCUGUUAGACGGGAAAACCCUAGCUCUCAAAUUCAAAUCCCCUUCCGUGGACGCCCAUGCCCUCAAGCAGCGUCUCUUCGAGAGCACUGGAAUUCCCCCAAAUCGGCAGCGUCUGGUCACCGGCGUCCGCCAGAUCGACGAGGAUUCGGUGAUAUCCUGUUCUUCAUCUUCCGUUCAUCUUCUGCUUCGGCUGGUCGGAGGCAAGGGUGGAUUCGGAUCGCUGCUGCGUGGCGCGGCGACGAAAGCAGGUCAGAAGAAGACGAACAAUUUCGACGCGUGUAGGGAUAUGAGUGGGAGAAGGCUGAGGCAUGUGAAUGCGGAGAAGCGAUUGGAGGAGUGGAAGGCGGAGGAGGAGGAGAGGAGAUUGGAGAAGAUCGCCCACCAGUUUCUCAAGAACAAAGCCAAGGUUGGGAAGAAGGGGGUUGGGGAUUCUGCCGCUCAAAUCUACGUCGACAAGUACAGGGAGGAGUCUGCUCGUUGCGUCGCGGAGGUCGAGGAAUCCGUCAGAGAUGCUGUAAUCAACGCUGCUAAUCGGAAAAGGAAGGGUGGCUGUGGCUUGAUGACAGCAAAUGGAGCAGAUCCCACAAAGUUCAAGAUCUGGAUGGGCAAGAGGAAAUUGGGUGAAAGUGACAGUGAUGGUUCGGAUGAGGACAACACUGAUAAUGAAGAGGAAAGCAAGAAAUCAGUCAUCUUGAACAGUGGUUGUAAACCUGAUUUAAACAAGGACACUGAAGGGAGCUCAGACUCUGUUAGCUGUGGUAAACAAGGCGAUGUUUCUGGUGAGGCCUCGUGCGAAAGCGGUUCCGAGGAAGAAAAGGACAUGGCAAUUCAGGAAAUCAUGGCAUUAGUUGGAUGCUCUAGUGAAAAAGCUCCUCAUUCUGAACGGAUUGAUGUGGUUGAAAUGAACAACCAUACUACUCAGGGUGCAGAUGUACCUUGUGCAGAGGCUGUUGCUAUUUCUGCCGAUCAAGAAAUUGAGGCUGUUAAACAGGAUGCUGACGAGGUUGCRAUUGUAAACUCAGAAAACCGUCAAGACACAUCAGGUCCAAAUAAUGGUGAAACUAUUGAAGAUCUAUCCACACUUCCUGAACCAAAUGGCUCUCCAGUGUCCAAGUUGAGUGCUCCCAAAGAAACAGCUGCAAGUAGAUGCAAUUCAGAAGAAGCAACACUGAAUUUUGAUGAUUUUAGUUCUGCUGCAGAAAUGGAGGUUGUUGGAUUGGAAAGGCUAAAGAGUGAACUGCAAGCAAGAGGGUUAAAAUGUGGAGGUACUUUGCAAGAGAGGGCAGCCAGGCUUUUCCUCCUCAAGUCUACCCCUCUGGACAACCUUCCAAAGAAGCUUCUGGCCAGAAAGUAACUCACUGUAGAUUUUCCUUAUCUGACUUUUUACUCUUACACAGCCACCAAAAUUAGGAAGAAUUAAGUUACUGUAGUGUGGCUUUUUAACUGACUGUGGUCUGCACGGUUGUGUGUAUUCAUACACUUUUGAUAGUUAUAAAUGAGUAUUAUACCUAUUAUGUCA